AUGUACCUCGAGAAGUACCGUCUAGAUGGACGUGUAGCAGUCAUAACCGGCGGUGGCCAAGGUAUUGGACUUUGCUGUGCAGAGGCGCUGGGUGAAGCUGGCGCCAAAGUCGUCCUUGCCGAGCUCGUUCCCGAGCGAAUUGACCAAGCGCUCAAGUACCUGCAGAGUCGGGGCAUUUUGGCGUCAGGCGUGCAGGUCGACGUCACAGACCCGGCCGCAGUUGAGACGGCUGCGGAGCGCAUUCAGAAAGAGCACGGUCAAAUCGAUAUUCUCGUGAAUAAUGCUGGCAUUAACAUCAUGGGACAGGCGACCGAACAUAUGACCGAUGAGCACUGGCACCGUCACAUGAAGGUCAAUGUCGAUGGCGUUUUUUAUUGUUGUCGAAGUUUUGGGCGUCGCAUGCUUGAACGAGGACAAGGGUGUAUCGUGAAUAUCGGAUCCAUGUCCGGAGAGAUUGCCAACCGUCCGCAGUUGCAGACCGCUUACAACGUGACCAAAGCGGCCGUACAUCAUCUGACGAGGUCCCUGGCUGCUGAAUGGGCGACCCGCGGGGUCCGCGUCAAUGCCGUCGCCCCGACGUAUAUCGAGACGCCGCUGAUUCGCCAACAGCUAAGCGAUGAUUCCUUUUACAAGAUAUGGAUUGAUAUGACGCCAACACAUCGGGUAGGUCGUCCCGAAGAGGUAGCGUCCGUGGUUCUGUUCCUCGCAUCCGAUGCCUCCAGUCUAAUGACUGGCGCGAUUGUCCUGGCGGAUGCAGGGUAUACGUGUUGGUAA